GACUUGAAUUACCGGACGCCGCCAACGCCAACGAUUGAGGAUACCGCACACCACGUGUCCUCCCCUCCAACUGUCAACCUGACGCAUAUUUUCCCAGCCACCGUACAGGAAUUGAUGCAGACAGUCACAUGGAGGCCUGAUGACAACAGCCCGAAACAAGGCUACUGUUCCAGUGGAUGUACUCAGUGGUACAGAAGGGAUAUUUUGGCUGCACGGCCCAAGAGGCGUACACCAACCUGCCUCCUGACUCUUUUCUCUAGAGAGGUUAUACACGGCACGUUCGCACCACAGAUGUACAGGUACUUGCGCGAUCUCAUACACGACAGACAGGGCGGCAAUGAAAAUCGCAUAGGGUUGCAGAUAAAUCGUGGCCCAACGAGUACUAUGGCGACCCGCAGUCUACCAAGGAUGCGGCCGACCUCGCCCGUGAGGCUGUGGAGCAAGAGAUACCGACGUUGUCGUCACGUCGUAUCGAGUAUACAAGAAGUUCUUCGCGAUCAAGCGACGAUGGUAGGGGAGGAGAGGAGCAAUAUUUUGCUGUAUAUCCGCAGCCGACACAGGGUACCGCAUCCCCCCCCCCCCCCCACCCCCCUCGCUUCCCCCAUCGCGCCCCACACCACCAUGGCCUUCCUCCCCCCCUCCCCCCUGCCCGCGCGGGCCUUCGCCUCCGCCGCCCGCGUACGCACGUCCCCGUUCGUGCCCCCUCUCCCGUCAGCCCCGCCGCCCUCGCCCGCGCGCCACGCGCGCUGCGCCCUCCCGCACGAGUUCUCAUCCAUGACGUCCACCUCCGCGCCGGACCUGACGCUCCUGCCGGCCGUGGUGAAGCGCGUCACGCCGGUGUGCCCGUCGCAGGACCACGUGCAGGUCACGUUCUCGGUCGGCCCGGCCUUCACGCACGCGGCGCCGGGGCAGUUUGUCCAGCUGUCCCGUCGGCUGUCUGUGCUGCCGUGGCACCGCCAGCCGCGCGCGGCCUUCGCCACUAUCGCGUCGCCGCCGGGCGCCACCGGCGAGUUCGACGUCCUCAUCAACCGCCGUAAUGACCCACUGCGCCUCGCCGCCAUGCGCGUCGGCGAGGAGCUCCGCGUCAGCACCGUGCUCGGCAAGGGGCUCGACUGGGAGAUCGUCACGGAGACUAAGGGCGACCUAUACGUGUUUGCGGACGCGCCGCAGGGGUUUGCCGCCGCGAAGAGCCUCAUCGAAUGGGGCCGCUUCCGCGCCCUGUCAGGAGAAGGCGCGAAUCGCACCAACCGCGUCACCGUGUUCUACUCUAUCCCGAGCGGGCACAGUUUGCCGUACGCGGAUCGCCUGUCGGCGUGGUCUGUUUACGGGGUGAACGUUGUGCCGCUGGCGGGGACUUCCGUGCUGGAGUACCUAUCCGCGCCGUGCGCGCUGGGCAAGCCGGAGAAAAGCCUGACAGAGGCGUUUGCGAUGGCAUGCGUAGCGUCGGACGACACCUUCGAGAGCCUCUUCUCGAUGCUGAUGCUGUACGGGUUCCGGCGCAAGGCGGUACAGAAGCUGACGCAAGAGGUGGUGGCACGCGAGGGGCGACUGUUUGACGAGGGCGAGGACUUCGAGGUCGGGGGGCAGGACCGGCCAUCCGGCAUGCCCGAUUCGGUGUUCCAGCAGAUGAAGCGCGACCGAGUCGAGAGCGAGGUGUGGCAGAGCUGGGUCGGCGUGCGCGAGGGCAUGCGCGUGGAGUUUGAGCGCAAGUGGGCCGCGCAGGCGCGCGUCAACCGCGACAACCGCCGCAGCGAGGAGGAGAAGCGCGACGCGUGGGCGUCGUGGUGCACGCGCAACAGCGAGCAGUGGACAGAGGUGUCGUGGGACAAGGACUUGUGGGGCGCGUACUGGAGCUCGUGGAGCGACACCAACGAGAAGUGGCAAGCCAAGGGCGCGUGGGACUCGGCGGCGGGGGACAAGUGGGGGCAGAACGGGUAUGCAUGGGACCAGCAGAACUCCAAGGAGUAUUGGGACGGGGUGUCCCAGGGCAACGGGCCCAGGCGGAGCGCCUCUUCCGCGCACGACACUGGGAGAGGAUACCAGCAGUGGAAGGGCAGCUCGUACGCGUGGGGGACGAACAAGAACCGAUGGAGCGGGUACCAGCAGGGUGGGUACCGGUACCAGCACGACGAGCGUGCAGACGGCAAAUCAGCAGGCGCCGGCGCGGACUCCGGGGGUGGCAGCAGCGGCAGCGGCAGCGGGUGGAGCGGGUGGAACCGGCAGCAGAGUAGCUGGCGCGGCUCGUCGACCGGGAGCAAGCGGGCAUGGAAUACGGGGCGACCGUCGAGCUUUGGCCAGGCGGACUUUUACGCGGUGCUGGGGAUCGAGUCCGGGGCUAGCCGGGCAGAUAUCAAGCGGGCGUACAGACGCAAGGCGAUGGAGCACCACCCCGACCGCAACCCGGGCAAGUCGGAGCAGGCGCACGUGAUGAUGAAGGAAAUCGUGGUCGCGUGGAGCGUGCUCAAGGACGAGGACAAGAGGAGAAGAUAUGACGCCGGUGGCCCGGGUAUUGUAAUUGUAAGGACAAUCGUGGCCACGAUGCACGUUGGAACAGGUGUUUACUCCUUGUCUGCGCUAUACACGUGUGCGCCGUGUAUUCGACAACUCACAAACUUCACACAAAGUCCCAACACCCUGCAUUGCACGAAUAUUCUUUACAACUCUCGGUUCUCAUCCGACAUGUAG